AUGUCAUUGGAACUGGAAAAGGCUCAAAAACCAAAGAAAGACAUGGAUUUGUUGCAUACUCGCACGGGUGGUGCAUAUAUCCCACCAGCUAAACUUAAAAUGAUGCAAGAGCAGAUCAGUGAUAAGAACAGUGAAAUGUAUCAAAGACUGAACUGGGAGCGUCUGAAAAAACGGAUUCAUGGCCAAGUGAACAAAGCGAAUACCAGUAAUUUGCUUAAUGUUAUACGAGAUUUGUUGCGUGAGAACGUCAUUCGAGGAAGAGGUUUGUUGGCACGAUCAAUAAUCCAAGCACAGUCAUAUUCACCAACAUUCUCUAAUGUAUAUGCAGCAGUAGUUGCUGUUAUUAAUAGUCAUUUUCCAAAUAUUGGAAUGUUAAUUAUUCAUCGAUUACUGAUACAAUUUAAAAGGUGUUAUAAGAGAAAUGACAAAGCUUCUACUGUUACAAUAUCCAAAUUUAUUGCUCAUCUUAUCAACCAGCAAGUGAUUCACGAAAUCCUUGCAUUGGAAAUGAUGAUAUUGAUGCUUGAAAACCCAACUGAUGAUUCAGUAGAGGUCACAGUAGCGUUUUUGAAAGAAUGCGGUGCUAAACUGUCUGAAAUUUCUCCUCGUGGUUUAAAUGCAAUCUUUGAUCGGUUACGAAGUAUUCUGAGUGAUUCGGAUAUAGACAAAAGAAUUCAAUACAUGAUCGAAGUUAUUUUUCAUAUCCGGAAAGAUAAAUUCCAGGCUUAUCCAGCACUGAUUGAUGAUUUGGAUUUGAUAGAAGAAGACGAUCAGAUAACGCAUACCGUCACGCUGGAGGACCCACUUGUUCCAGAAAAUGAAUUAAAUGUAUUCAAAUAUGAUCCUGAAUUUGAAAAACAUGAGGCAGAAUACGAAGAAAUUCGACGCGAUGCAAUUGGUUUGGCAGAGGGAGACUCGGAUGAAGCGGAAGGGGAAGAAACACCAGAUGAAGAGACAACAGAAACUCAACAAGAGGAGAAACAAAGUAUGGUGAUCAUCGACAACACAGAGCAGAACUUGGUGGCAUUUCGACGCAACAUUUACUUGACAAUUCAGUCUUCCCUCGACUUUCAGGAAGCAGCUCAUAAAUUACUUAAAAUUGAUUUGAAAAGUGGUCAAGAUGUGGAGCUUUGCAAUAUGAUUGUGGAUUGCUGUGCUCAGCAAAGAACCUACGAAAAAUUUUAUGGUUUACUUGCGGAGCGAUUUUGCCGGCUUCGCAAGGAAUUUCAAGAAGCUUUCGAGCGGAUUGCUCGCGAUACUUACAAUACCAUACAUCGAUUUGAGUAUAACAAACUUCGCAAUAUGGCCUGCUUAGUGGCUCAUCUUCUUUCAACCGAUGCUAUUUCAUGGGAUAUCUUGGACCAGAUAUCAUUAAAUGAGGAGGACACAACUUCUUCUGGGCGAAUAUACAUUAAAAUAGUGUUCCAAGAACUUGCCGAAUUUUUAGGCGUGGAAAAUCUAUUGCAGAGAAUUCGCGACCCGACAAUGCAGUCUUCCUUCGAUAAAAUAUUCCCGCGUGAUAAUCCGAAUAAUACACGCUUUUCAAUCAAUUUCUUUACUACGAUAGGUCUCGGAUAUCUUACAGUCGAUCUAAGAUUGCAUUUGAAUCAAGCUCGAAAAAGAGCUCAAGCAAAAGAAGAAAUUUCGUCGUCUUCAGAAAACUCAUCAAGUGACUCAGAUUCGGAUGAAAGUAGUAGUGACUCGAUUUCCAGCACAUCUUCAUCAGAGACCAGUGACAGCAGUGAUAAUGAAAAAUCGAAACAUAAAAUGAAAGGCUUACAAAAAAACGAAAAGAAAAAAAUACCAAAAAUUGUCCAAAAAAAAAAUCACUUCUCGAAAAAUAUUGGUCGGGAGAAUGGAAGUGAUUGGGAAAAUGGAUCUCACGGUGGAGUAAGCAAAGUAGUAAGUGAGAAAAGAAAAAAUGACGGAGAAAAAAUGAAAAUACGAAGUUAUGACAGCAUAAAUGACAGGAAAAUGGGAAGCAAACAUGAAGAGAAACGAACCGGUAAUGAAAGGAAUGAAUCAAAUGGAGAGAAACACAAAGGAUACAUUACUGGAAGAGAGGAUACUAAGGAACAACGGAAUAAGAGGAAAAAGCGCGAUAGAAAUAGACGGGAAGAGAAUGAAAUAGAAGAACGUAAAUGUAGUGAUAAGGGGAAAAGACGAAGAAGUGAUUCAAGCGAUUUGGAAAAUCAAGGAAAACAUACAAAUAAUGAGGAAGUGAGUCAGGAUAAUGAAGUCAGAGGUAGAAAAAGCAAAGGAGACCAACGUAAAGGGAAACAGGAAAUUGAAGUGAUUAAAUAUAAAAGUAAAUAUCGGAAACAUGACUAA